AUGCGUCACACGAAGAAAGUCAAGCUACAGACGCCUCUCAAAGGGGAAAAGAAGAGAGCUAGUUCGCCUCACCCAGAAAAGAAGGCUCAUCAGCCUAUGGGCAAGGACGUUGCUCCAAUUCCACAGACACCCAAGGGCAAAGAGAAGGCAAUCGAAGGAAACUCUACCCCAAAUUCAAAACGAGAAGGAAAGGCCCGCGAUGAAGAACAUCCCAUUCCAACUUCGUUCAAGCUAGUCGCUGGCUCCUAUGAAAAACUUCUGUAUGGACUUGAUGGCUUCGUUACUCUCAACGAUGAAUCCAAGCUGGAAUUUCAUUUGAAACCAAUUUUCAUAUUUCCUGCACACGUCUCCUGUAUAAAAGCAGUUGCUGCAUCUCCACAAGGUGGUAAAUGGCUCGCGACCGGCAGCGCAGAUGAAAUUAUCAAGGUCUGGGAUCUGCGGAGGCGGAAAGAGAUUGGAGGGCUUAUGCAUCAUGAAGGAUCUAUCACUCAUCUACUUUUCCCUUCGCGAUCACACCUUCUUUCUGCCUCUGAGGAUGGUAGCCUAUGUCUCUUCCGCGCUCGGGAUUGGGCUGUUCUCCGAGCAUUAAAAGGUCAUAAAGGGCGUAUCAACUCUGUCGCUGUGCAUCCAACCGGCAAGGUCGCCCUUAGCGUCGGCAAAGACAGGACAUUGAGAAUGUGGGAUCUGAUGCGCGGGAAAGGUGUCGCGAGUACGAAACUCGGAAAAGAGGGAGAAAUCGUACGUUGGUCGGUAGAUGGAUCGAAGUUCGUCGUACAGUCAGGUUCAACCAUGGAUGUUUACGCGACGAAUAUGGAUCCUUUACAUGCGAUAACACACCCUUCUCGAAUACACGAUGUCAAAUUUUGCAAGCGCGUCGAUGGAGAAGGCGAAAUCUUGCUUGUCGCAGCAGAGGAUCGGAAACUCUACGUCUACCAAGUACCAACAGAUUCCGCUACUCCUUCAAUCGUCGCAGAGAUGAUUGGACACCAAAAUCGUGUAAAAGCCGUGCAGACCCUUGAAAUGGCCCUACCAGAGGCCUCGGGCAGGAAAUCGACGACCAUUGCCGCCACUGUAUCAUCGGACGGGUUUAUCAACGUUUACGACAUUGCUGCCAUCCCAUCUAGUUCUGAAAAUCCAUCUGGGUUGCCAAAGACAAUUGAGCCACAAACAUCUUAUGACUCGAAAGGAACACGGCUGACUUGUAUUACACUGGCUGAUGGAGACGCCAGUAGUGCCCCUAUUGCGGGUAGUGGAAAACGGAAGAGGGAUGAAGAUGCAGAGGAGGAGGAAGGCAGUGAAGAUGACGACGACGCGUAUGGAGCCAACCUGGCAGAGGACGAAGAGCAAGAAGACAAUGAGGAAGAGGAGGAAGAGUGA